AGCUGGAAGGAAGAAGGUGCUGCCGCGGCUGGAUGGGUUCCGGUCACACGUUAACAAAUCCUGCUGCACAGGCGGUAUGAUCCAUGCCCGGAGAGUGGGGAAAUGGUAUCGAUGAGGUGUGUUGUUGUUGUUGAUCAGCGGGGAACAGAACAAGUGGAUGGUAUUUUUGCUGGUGGGUGGCCGCAGAGUUUUGCUGAGCUGCUCGCUCUUGUUUGUGAGCGUUCUGGUGCCCACCGAGUGCUUGAGGGGAGUCAAACAGCCGAGAGCAGUGGAGACAAGGAAAUCGCGGAGAUGAGCGCCUGCGAGCGAGUGGAUGGUAUGGCUACUGGUGGUUGGCCGGAGAGUUUCGCUGAGCUGCUUGCUCGUGUAACAGAGCAGGCAUCAACGGUAACUAAACUCAAGUCAACAACGUCAACGCUUCCUCAGAACAAUGGAAAAUUUCAGGAACAAGAAGCGAGGAGAAAUGUUUAUGCCAAUAUGGACGAAUUACCGGAGGAAGAGGAAGGUAGGAAGACGCUCAAGGAUUUCUUUGAGGCCUGCAAAGAGUUUAUCGGAUCAGACGGCGGUCCGCCUCACUGGUUCUCUCCUUUGGAGUGCGGCUGCAGGGCACCGGAUUCUCCCCUGCUUCUCUUUUUGCCUGGAAUUGAUGGCACUGGACUUGGGCUUCUAAUGCAUCACCAGAAAUUAGGAAAUUAUAAAUGGAAUCAGUUGCCAAACAAUUGGUUUACCAAAACUGCUGUUCCUUUAGUAGAUGUAGAUCCUUCUUUGCAAAAAUGCUUUACUUGCCUUUCUACAUCCUUUGGCAAGUCAGAACUGAAACCUCUUCUACCUUUACUACAAAUCAUUCCAGAUGAAUUCUUUCUUUUGGCAAGAAAUUCCAUGUUAACCUUAACCACAGGUGACCAUUUGAGGAUGCUGAUGGAUAAUGUAGUGAAGGGCAUUCCUCUGGGACAAUCUGUUGUUGGAAAGCUGUCACAGGAUAUUGUUGCUGCAUCAUCUAACCCCUCUAUUCUGGUUGAAAUCUUACCCAAAGAAUUGCUCGAAUGGAAGCUACAAAUGCUGAAAUCUGUUUCUGCAUAUUCCAACUCUCAUCUCAAUGCCACAAAAGCUGAAGUGCUAUUACUUUGCAGUGGAAGAGAUCAAUUGUUUCCUAGUGAAGAAGAAGGUGAAAGACUAUGCCAUGCACUCCCAAAUUGUGAGAUUCGAAGGUGGUAUUGAUUUGGUAACAAUCAUCAAGGGAACUAGCUUCUAUCAUUGUGGAAAAUACCAUGACUGUUGUCAGAUUACAUGCCACCUACACCUCCUGAAUUCUAGAAGUUAUAUGAAUCAAAUAGAUGGUUAAAUGCUGCUCUUAGCUCUGUGAUGCUCUCAACUACCGAGGAUGGGAAGGUGGUGAAGGGCCUUGCCAGGGUUCCAUUGGAGGGACCUGUCCUGUACAUUGGUUGUCACAUGUUACUGGGACUAGAAGUUAUUUCCUUGGUAUGUGAAUUUCUCUCAGAGAAAUAUCCUCUUGCGAGGGAUAGCACAUCCAUUGCUGUUUGAAAGAUUGAGAGAAGGCAGGUUACCUGAUGUAUCAACCUUUGACUCAAUAUGAUUAAUGGGGGCAGUUCCUGUUUCAGGAACAAAUUUCUACAAGCUUA